AUAUAUAUAUAUAUAUACAUAUAUAUAUGUGUGUGUGUGUGUGUGUGUCGACGAUGUUUUAUUUUCGCAUUUUUCACAGCACGUUAUGAUUUGCGAUAUGUCAUAAAUGUUUCUCGCAAAUUUGUACUUUGUUUACAAAUUUGUCCUAUAAUCUUAUUUAAAUAUAUAUAUAUAUAUAUAUAUAUAUAUAUAUAUAUAUGUGUGUGUGUGUGUGUGGGUGUAUAGAAAAAUAUCGCUUUUUAAUCAAUGUUUUAAAUUUAUAAUAAAUGUAAAAUUCUAAUUUUUUUAUAAGACAAUCCAUACAUUUCUUAAAUUUUAUUUUUAAAAAGAUCCUAUUAUCAGGAGUAUUCGUAAUCUUCAUGACAAAAUUUCGUGCCAGGUAUCUAUUUCUUUCAGUUAUAUGUUACUUCUCUCAUCAUAUAUUUUAAUAUAUGCACGUAACUCUAUUAGAAUAUACUGUCAACACAUAAUUGCGACGUGUAUUUAAUUAAAAAUAAUACGGUCACCAGAAAUAUGUGUAUUCUUCAUGUUCUCUGUCAUUCUCAGAAAAAUCGAAUCAAUUGCCUCAUCGGUUAGCCAACCAAAAAAACGUAUUUCAAAAACAGAAUUACAAAAGACAAUUUUAAUUGCAGUCCCUAAUUCUGUGGAAUUUCAUAAUUAUGAAUCGAAUAAAUUAUACCGGAAAGUUGUCGUAUUACAAAAUGUGAGUACAUCUUUGGCCAGGUUUCAAUUAGCAACAAGGCCUAUGUAUUCACGAUUCACUGUCAUAAUUGAAUGCAAAAGACAAACGGGCGGUAUUUUCCCAGGAAUGCACGUAAAAUUGAUUAUUCUCUUUCGUUGUGAUAUUUUAGAUGAGCCCGAAGAAAUGUUAAUAAUAAAUGUACAACAAGGACGUUCGGUAAUUAUUAAAUUGCGCGGAUAUCGAGAUUCACCGAUAUUGCGAAUGACUACUAUUCCGUACUUUCCAUAUCCGCGAAAACAACUGCAAGUAAAAGCCAUGAUAAAAGAUGAGAAGUGGAUUGCGGGAAUUCCACAAACAAAUUCUUGCGAGAAAGUACAAAACUCCGUUUUCUAUUUUUAAUAAUAUUUCCACAUAUCUUUUUUUCUUAAAGAAAAUAAAUUCACAGCUUAUCGAUACAAGUAGCAAUGCUGGAGAGAAUAUAUUAUAUUGCAAGAAAUUAAAAAGCUUUGAUUGCCGAGAAUGUCUUGUAGAUCAACAAGUCAUUUUAUCUCUGAUGGUUAAAAAUAUCGGAGGCGAAGGAAGAUUUUUCAUUAUGAGCGAAAUCGAUUGGUGCUCGAUGCAUAUCGAGGUAAAAAUAUGUGUUCAG